AUGUCCGACGCCGCAGCGAUCACUGAAUGGGAACAGUCUCAAAUCCGAACAUAUACUCAUUGGGUCAAUUACAACUUAGAUGAAAAACACCAAAUCACAGAUAUCACCAAAGAGUUGGGUGACAGUGAUGUUCUCAUUUCUCUUAUUGAAAAAUUGGCAGGGAAGACCUUUUAUUCCCACAAACCAGCCGUUGCUAAGUCGAAGAUAUUUAAGAUAAACAAUUGCACCAAAGCUAUAGAAGUCAUGCAUAAAGAAGGAGUAAAUGCAGACAUCUCUGCUGAGAACAUAGUCGACGGUGAACAGAAGUACAUUCUUGGCAUGGUCUGGAUGAUGAUUCUGAAAUACAAAAUUAACAAUGUUCCAAAGAGUGACGAGUCUUCUGGGAAACAAGCAGCAGCACCCGUUGAUGCUGCACUUCUGGAUUGGGUUAAUUCACUCUCUGAUGUUAAAGUGACAAACUUUUCCAGUGACUGGAGCAGUGGAGAGGCUUUUGUCGCUCUUACUGGAGCAGUCUCGUUUGGAGAGAUUGAUGUCAAUGAAUUCGAUGGACUUUCUCCACACGAUAAAAUCGAGAAGUGUCAACAAGCUGCUCAAGAGAAAUUGAACAUCCCUGUUCUUAUGGAUGUACAAGACUUGGCAUGUGAGAAACCAGACCCCAAGAGCGUUAUGACAUAUAUCUCCGUCUACAAAGAAAAGUAUCCAGCUUUACAACAAGCCCACGAAGAUAAAAUUAAACAACAACAAGAAAACGAAGAAGCAGAGAAAAAACGACUUGCAGAUGAAGAAGAAGAGCGAAAAGAGGCCGAGCGUUUCGCCGCAGAACAGGCUGAGAAGGCGAGAAUAGCUGCAGAGGAGGCUGAAAGAAAGAGAAUUGCUGAAGAAGAAGCAGAAAAAGCCAGAAUUGCUGCAGAGGAGGCCGAGAAAGCAAGAUUGGCGGCGGAAGAAGCUGAGCGGUUAAGAAAGGAGAAGGAAGAAGCUGAAAGACUGGCAGCAGAAGAAGCCGAGAGAGCUAGAAUACAAGCCGAAGAGGCAGAAAAGGCAAGACUCGCCGCUGAAGAACUCGAGAGACAACGACAGGCAGCACAAGAAGAAUCUGAACGACAAAGAAUCGCCGCGGAACAAGCUGAACAGGCCCGAAUUGCUGCUGAGCAAGCAGAGAAGGCGAGGAUCGCCGCAGAAGAAGCUGAAAAGGCAAGAUUGGCUGCUGAGGAGGCUGAAAAACAACGCAUUGCAGCAGAACAGGCCGAGAGAGAUCGAAUUGCUGCUCAAGAAGCCGAACGUCAAAGAAUGAUUGCCGAAGAACAAGAAAGACAACGUCUUGCCGCUAUCGAAGCCGAAAGGCUUGCUAGAGAAAGAUCAUCACGUCCACAGUUCUUCGCUAUUCAAGAAGCAGUCGACCAAUGGGUUGCAGAGACUGUAAAAGCUGCUGUGGCUGCCAAUCCAAGAUUACAGUUCCAGUGGUGGUUCCCGUUGGUUUUGACAUUGACUGGUAAUGACUACAGAGAGUUGCAAGCAUGGUUUAAGAAGAUAGAUAAGGACAAAAGUGGGACAUUGGAAUUGGACGAAUUGUUGAAAGCGAAAUGGCCAAAAGAUAUGAAAAUCAACUCCGAGACCACCAAGAGACUGAUGAUGAUCUUUGAUGCUGGGUGCACUGGAUCCAUUGGUUUCUUUGAGUUUGUAGCAUUGUACAACUGGGUUAAACUCUGCUUUGCCACAUUUAAUAGGUUUGACAAAGACAACAGUGAUUCGUUGAGUCUUGACGAGGCACAAGAGGCUCUCCCAUACUUGGGAUUCUCAUUGAAUAAAAAGAACACAAACACUCUCAUCAAGCUGAACAAGAACUUGUUUGGAAAGAAAAAACUCAACAAGGUGCAGUUCUGUUGUGCUGUUUCAUAUCUUGCACAAUGCCGCACUAUCUAUCAACUCACUUUUGAUACUCCAGCUGUUGACUUAGAUAAGGUUGAGUUUGACAAAUUUGUCAACCUUGUUUUGUCACUAGCAGACUAA